GACUUACCACGCAGCCCAAGACAUUGCCGUCCACUCCUUUGUCUUCCUCAUUUUCCCAGUCGCUCACAGUCACGGUUUUGUCCGCCAUUUUCAAACAUCUUUUCAACUCUAAGCAAUUUCUAAUCCUAAAACCCCAUAAACCCUAAACUUAACAAAUUUCCAUUUUUACUCAUGGGGUCCAUAAAUUUCAACCCGUUCAAUAACAACUGGUUCAACAAACCAUCAACACCAUUUCAACCGAUUAAUCUUUUAACCCACUUUAAUUCCCUUAAAACCCAGCAAAAUUCCCCACCUUUUGCAGCCAUUUCAAACCCAUUUUCAAGAAAACCCAAAAAAACAGCUCCAGAACAACCGGGUCAUUACCGGAGAAUGCUGGACCAGUUCUACUGGGAAUGCGAAACCCGACCCGACUUAAGGCACGCGCCCGAAGUGGAGAAGAUCCUGAACGAGGACCCGAUUUUCGAGAAGAAGGAGAACCCGACUCAAGAAGAGAUUGAGGAGAAUGACAAGUGGUGGGCUGAGUUUAAGGAAAGCCCAGUGGUCCAGUUCUUGGCCCAAGCUGAAGAGAUUGCGGAUAAGCUUAAUGAGCUUGAGCUGAAAGAGAAUUCUGCUCCUUUUAGAAGUGAAGAUAAGAAAUUGUGGCAGGCAGUGCCAAAUGUGAUUGGAUUGGAUGGGAGGCCAAUUCCCAGAAAAGCCAUAAAGACAAAGAAGGAAUCAAAUGAUAAGUUUUGGGAUUUUGCAAAGCAGUUCUAUUUUGGGCUUUGGGGAUUUCGUCAACGACCAUACCCACCUGGGAAGCCCAUUGAUGCUGCGCAGGCUAUUGGGUACAAAAAGCUUGAAAAGCGAUAUUAUGAUUUUAUUAUGAGGAGCGGUGGGUGGUUUUACAAGGAUCGAUUAGGUCGUUCAAGGGGACCAAUGGAAUUGAUACAGCUUAAGACUGCUUGGGGUGCUGGAAUCAUUGAUAAGCAUACUUUCAUUUGGGGUGAGGAUAUGGAUGAAUGGGCUCCCAUUGGAAUGGUUUAUGGUCUGGAAAAAGCAAUUGCCACUUGGGAAGUUAGAUUAGGUGCUGCUGCUACUGCUUUCCUUCACAAACUACAGAAAGGUAUACCUCCUUGGGUUCCUCUCAAAGGACAUGAGCCGAAGACAUAUAAGCAGAUGCAAGAAGAAGCUUAUGAGAGUAAAAGGCGUGAUUUGGCUGUUUUAGAAGCAAAUGAUGGUGUAUGGCCUGGUGUAAGGACUCCGAGUCAUGCCUUGUUUCUUUGGGCUAGUGGCUCAGAGCUGACAUCAAUUUUGGAGGCUGACCACAUGCCAAACAAAUACAUUCCAAAAGAUCUUAGGAAAGAAUUGGAGAAGGUUAUCCCUGGAUUGAGGCCAUGGGAGGUUCUUAGUGUUGAACAAGCCAUGGAUCAAAUAACAUAUGGUGGUGAAUGGUACCGCGAGCCUCUUGGUACAUACACAACGGGCCCUCCAUAUAUUGCUGACUGGAACAAGGAUGUCAUGAGAUUGUUUGAGAUAUUCCACGACCUCAGUGUCCAAGUGUACAACAAGAUGGAGAGGACAGUUCCCGGUUUCCGUAAAGUAAUGGAGAACGUCGAAAUUGAUUCUGCUGCUAGAGAAACCAAAAGGGAGCAGAAGAGGGCUGCUCAGAAGAGAGCUGAGGAGGAAAUUGCAUUGUUUGGUCGAGUUCGAAGUGAUGAUGAGUAACAUUGCUGGUUCAACUUGACUACACUUUGAACUCAAAAGAACUUUUCUUCUCUUUUCUGUAAAUCAAACUACAGAUGUCCCUGUACAUUGAUGGUUAGAAUCUGAUGCAAUUUAGGACAUGCAACGUUAUGAGAGUGUUUUUUUAGUUUGGCGAUGAGUUAGUAACUUUUCCAGUUCGAGCACUUAUGCAUACAGGUUGCAAAUUGCAACAAUUAGAUUAUCGUUCAACUGAGUUCUACUUCUUUUAAAUUUUUAAUGA